CAUUGCGCCAGGACAGUCCGAGUGGCGGGCGACCCUCUUUGCGCGCAGGCGCGCACUCACAGCACGUACCGUUCACGCAGAGUUCAUAGAGUGUCCUUAGGUGCCGUCAGGCGUGCAAGUAUCGUGAUUUCAUCGACGAAUCGGACCAUAGCAGUAUCGAGAGUCACGAGCGGCGACAUGACCACAGCACCCACGUCAAGAGGCAGCUCUUCACACAUUCGAGGAGCACGUAGAGAUGACGCAGGCUCGUCUGGCUCGUCUGGCGAUGCGCCUUCGCCCGCUCUGCCUCAAACGCCAACAUCAGCACUGACUGCCACCUCGUCGCCCAUCUACUCUGCCAUGUCUCGCGCAUCAGAUCAUGCACCGCCAUCUUCAUCAUCUUCCAUCCCGACCAAUGCCAAUUCACCCCUCUUUCAACUCUUUCAAGCCGAUGAUCCCUUGCUCGGUUUGGCCGCCUUUCCAGGAUCAGGGCGCAGCGCCUCCUCUCCAUACUCUUUUCAAGGCGAUGCGGCAGGGGCUGGUGCAGUCUCUCCUCUUCGUUUCCGCAGAGAUCAAAAGGGCUCGGGAGAUACCGCUGGCGAGAGCGAUUCGCACUCUGACUUGCCUGACGACGUCGAAGUCACCUCGGAGCCGGCAUCAGGAGGAGAUUAUUUAGGAUUGAGCGGCUCGCCAUCUCAAUGGGCUUCCACUUCCGCACGAGAUGUCGACGACAGACGAGGACGCAUGACCCUUUCAGUUCCUUUUUUGUCACCCGAUGCGCUGGAGGCUCCGUCGCCGUCUUCAGCCCGCAUGACGCCCAGCAGCGCACCCCUCUCCAGCUCACGGUACGGCAACGAUCAACAGGUUAGUGCUGGCUACACCGCCAGCGCAUCCGAAUACAGUCAGUGCAGUGCUACGACGUCCGGCAUGCUCAGCUCAGACUCUCGAAGCACCAUGAGUGCGUUUCCAGUGGAUGUUGGGGAGAGCGACAGCGAGUGGGGAGAGGAAGAUGAUGAGCGAUCAGGCACUGCUGCAACGAGUGUCUCGGGGCACCAUGCGCAGGACUCGACCAUCAAGAGUAGUCUGAAGAAGAUGGCAUCAUUGCGACGCGGGCCUUCGAGAAGGGGUCCGAAGGGAGGCAAUCCGCUCUUGAGCUCACUUGCGGCUAUGAGGAGGGAUGUGGAUGAUAGGUCGCUCAAAUCUUCGGCCAAUCUAGACACGGAUUCCUCCAGUAGGCCACUCCGAAAGCAGAUGGACCCUUUGCCGCCCGGUCCAGCUCAUCUGGACGUUGCUAAAGCUUCACAGCCUGAGUCAUCCUCCAGCUCUGAUGCAGCUUCAGGGCUUGCCUCACUUUCAAAUUGGUCGGUCUUCACUCACCGCGCAAGCCAAGGCCCGAGUCCCUCGCCAAGUGCUCCUGGCUUUGACCACAGAGCACACACUCUUCGCCAAUUGCAGAAGCAAGAUAACGAGGAACGAGCGCGAGCUCAAGCAAAAGGCCAGGGGAUGGGUCAGUGGAGAAUGUGGGGAAACGGUAAUGCGGGCGGAAACGCUAGGCUUGCACCACCUUCGACGUCAGGUGGUGCCAGCUCGCCUCAGUAUGCCUUCGGUGCUGGCAGACCUCAGCCGGCAGAUGUGCCUACCAGUGCGAAUGUUGUGCCCACACCUGCACUCAACGCCUCCAACCCCUUGUUUCAGCACAUGCUUGCUGCAGGCGGACCGAGCCGCAGUGCUGCCAGUACCAGCACAGCCCAGCGUUUAGACGACGCCUCACUUCCCAUCUUGGCUCCAGGUGCCUCGAUAGAGAUCGCCAAGAAUCAGGCGCCAGUGCCCGCUUCGGCCAUUCCAUCAUCUGCAGGUGGUCAGAGUACUGCCAAUGCGUCAAGCAGCGCACCGACGCCGAAAAGUGCUGGCUUGCGUCAGCACGUAGCGCGCACUGCUCGAGCUCUUCCGCCUCGAUCUCCGGUUGGGACGAUGCACAACAGAGGAGCAUCUCAGAGCUCGAGCGGCUCUGGUCAUCGGGUACGCAGCGCAAAGAGUUCGCCAAUCGCUCCUGAGCCGCCCACGAAGUCGCCUGAGAGUCACACUGACAAGGUCAGCAGCACGAGGGGCACAGAGGAUGCGUGGGCUGACGAGUCUGGCCAAUUCAGCGAACAGCGUCGUUCGCGCCCUUUAAAAGAUCUCGAGACGCCUCGCGCGCCUCCGGUCCAGGACGAGCAGCCGCAGGCGCUGUCUGAAGAGGCUGUACCUCAGGCCAAAGCAGCAGCCGAGCGCAACCGCCUGGUGUCUUGGGAGUCGCGAGCUUUGGCAUCUCAUGCUGCUCAGAACGGUCCAGAGGUGGCAAACGGUCGAGCGGGUACCCCUCUCCGACGUCCCUUUGUCGCCGGCCAUUCCCGUCAAAAUAGCUCUUCUGCCAGUGAUAACGACACCCUUGCUCACAUCAGGCCGGGCGGGCACACCCGACGACCGAGCGACAACAGGAACGCCUUUCACGAGGCGGCUCAUAGUCGCAGCAACAGCGAGAGCGAGGGCUCUGUCGGUAGCUCUGCCCUACGUGAGCGACGAUUGAAGUCACGCGCACAGAGGCUGGAGGAUGAGGGUCGACCUGUGCCUGAACAGCUCACCAAAGCGCUUGCUCACAUUUCUACUGAUCUGGCCAUACCCAAGCGCAGCAGGGCAAACACCGAUGCCGAUGCUGCUGCUCGAGUCGCGAAAGCCGUGAAAGAAGGCGCGACUGUCCGCAACAGCGACCCACAGCCAACCGUGCGUGCUCUCAAGCCGCCGCCAGAGGUAGAGCAGCCCCCGCCGGCUGAGCGAGAAGCAGACGCUCCCCUAGGUAGGGAAGAGGUUCUUGCUUCCCCGGUCGCUAGCCGGCAGAGGCGGUCUCGUCACGGCGGAGAAGCACGACGCGGGCCGCCGGUAGCUUCUGACUCGGAAAGCGAGAGCGGUCGUCCAUCGCUCGACUCGACAAGAGGCGGAGCAAGUCGACCGAGCUUUGAAACUGCUUACUCCGCGGCUGGCUCCGACAGCGAGAGUGCGUCUCAAGGCGGUGAUGCGAACUUUGAAGGCCCCAGGCAAGCUCCUCGCGUCCCGCCGCCACCUCGCGGCGCACAGCGACCUCAGCAAGGUCUGCGUAGCCUUGCAUUAGCUUCUUCGGCCAGCAGGCCUGCCAUGUCAAGCAGCAGCUCUCUGAGCUCAAUAGGCUCCAACGCGCCGACUAUCAACGUGCCACGGCGUCAGCACACAGCUCCGCGGGAUACGCGUAGAGCUGAAACACCGGAUCUCAGCGGAAGCACCUCGGACUCGCAGAGCACCUACGAGGCAGAAGCAGCUCAAUUGAUCACCGUCACUCGGCGAUACCCAGCGCCUGGACCGGCUCCUACCGGCGCCAUUCCAUCUCCGCCGCGCAGAUCACAAGCGUCUGGUCCCAGCCAGGCGGCUCCGACCCCGCCUCGGCCGCCUAUGGGUAGAGCGCAUUCCAGCUCGGUCGGCUCAGCCGAUCGUCCGGCGCAGCGCCCUCUCAUACUGGCGUCGAGCUCCAGGGCGGCGACGGCGACGGAAGGCGUCAGCCACGCUCAGCAAGCCCAACGACCUGGUCUGCGCACUCUGACCGGUCCAGACUCUGCGUGGGCGUCCAACAGCUCUGAGAAUGUCGGAGCUGCUUCCAGGCAACAUGCGCGGAUGAGGAAUGCGAGCGCACCUGGCUCAGACGUGGGUCCGAGGACAGAGAGCAUGGAGGAUCUGGCAGAGACCACCCGAGGUGGGGCUGCUGGGGGUGGCCACAGGUACUUUUCCAGCUCCACCUCUCGGGGUGCGCCUCGAGUGCCAUCUCAUUCGCGCGCUGGAUCUCAAGACAGUAACGGCACGGAAGCGAGCGGUAUUCGGGCUCCCAACAGCCCAACGGGAAGCAGCGCAGGCAGCGGGGCUGGCAGAUAUCUGGGUGUUCAGCAAGCAAACUGGGCUGGGUACAAGCAUGCCAAUGCGAGUGCGGAUAGCGCAGUGUCCAGUCUCCGACUUGCUGGUGUAAGUGCUGGAGGUUUUGGUGUGGGCAGCUCUUUACCAUACAAUAGACCUGGCACGGCCAACAGCGAUUCGAGAAGCAGCACGACCAACUCGUCGCGCUUCCCGUCCGGCAUCACUUCGAAUGGAGGUCGAGAUUCGGAAAGUCCUGACAGCCAAGGACUGGUCUACGAAGGUCUCCAACGGGCUCAUCGAGACUCUAAUCCUUCUAGUCCUGCUGUCUCCACCGGCUCUCGCGGCACGCUUUUCGGUGUCUCGAUGCGGCUGAAGGAGGAAGACAUCGACCUGGUCGAGGAGCUUCCAGUCAUCACCGAGCAGACAUCGCUAUUCGGUAUCAGGAGAAGGCUCGUAGCUACCUUUCCCAACCUGGGCAAAUCUAGCGCUCUGCGUCCUCUGAGCUCUAGAAAAGCGGAAUUCGACGCGACGGAGAGGCCAGGCUGGAGCGUGCUCGUGGGCGGCGAAAAGGAGAUGCGAAAGAGGGAGGAGCAACUCGAAGCGAGAGAAAAAGAACUCGCGAUAGAAGCCAUCUGCAAGGAUGAGAUUGCUGCUGUAACGAUCGAGGUGUGGACAGAGCAACGAAAUGGUCGUUGGACUGUUCGAGGUGCUGCAAGGCAUGACGGUGAGUCAGGAACGGGGGGCGCUCACCUGCGCGACAUCCAGCUCAUUAAUCCUCUCACAACCACGAGCGCAGCCGUCCGAGAAGAUCAUUUGCCCGAGAUUGCUGAUCCUUGGGCAAUCCCGAUCGACGCGAAAGGCAUCGUGAGGCGCAAGAAGCUGAAGAGCAACAUUGAGAUGAGCUCGACGCGCACAGUCAUGCGCUGUACGGAGUGCAUGGAAGCGCGUGCACGAGGCAUGAGCAUUAGGUGCCACACUUGCAAAGAUACUGGCAACGUCGAGUGGGUGUAUGUCAUCCAAUGCAUCGUACGCCUCGCAUCCUUCACGCCCCUCAAGCUGCCAGCGCAUCACAUUAUGGGUACUCGCCAACCCGGCGUCAAGUAUCUGGACGCUGGAGAUCCUGCACAUCGAGAGGCUGUGCUUCGCGAUCGAGCCAUAGAUGGACUGCAAGCUGCUGCGCAGCGUGUCGGUAGGCAACACUUUGCAAAUUAUGCUGCUCGGUUGUUGAUGGGCAAGGCGACGAUCACGAGGCGCGGAGUGCUGACCGUUGCAGUGAGCAAUCUCAAGGGGAAGCACAGGCGCCACUUUGAAGUGGAAGAUGGAACGGAAGGCAAAGUGUCGGAGGUGGCAGUGUCGAAGAAGGAGACGCCUCCUAGCGUUCCGCCGCCUGCCGAUCCGGCCUCGUACGGCUCCUCCAACGGCCUGGCGCCCCCUUCUAAUUUUUCCGACGCUGGCAGCAUGGUCGACUUUGGCGUCGCCACGGUGCCUGCUUCUCCUGCACCUACGGGCGGCAAGCGCUCGCUCAAUUCUCUAAGACCUCCCCUCUCGACAUUGGGCCGAUCGGGCGGCGCAAGCUCGUCUUACGCUUCCAACGAUGCAAGCUCGGUGUACUCGGCCGCCACUUCUCGAAGGUCUCCCUCGCCUCAACCCGCCCCGUCGACGCGCACAACUGCACGCCUUCGAGGCUUGUUCCGGUGAUCGCGGCUGUGCGUCGCACCACCACUCAUGAUCACUUGCGGGGGGGCAGCGUGAUGGGCUCAAACAUCUCUGCGAACCAGGUUCGCCACCUUUCGCCCUUUGCAACGCCGAACCUUCUUUUUUUCUCGCAUUCCUGAUGCGCCGCCCUCGAGAUGAAGUGCGCGGGCCAUUUGUAUCUGUCUGUGUCAAGUAUCCCUAUACAAUGCUAUUUUGCAUGCGUCAAUCAUGACACCCGCUCUUGCGAAGACGAAUGGAGAAUCUAUCAGGCCAA